ACAAAGAAAUAUUUUUGCAGCGCAGCGUUUAAAACAAGUCUAUUUAUAUAUUUUGUGAUGGUAUAUCAUUGAAACUGCGAUUUAUAUUUACUAUUGGAUUUGUCCUGCACAACAUGCCGUAUAAAUUGCGUUGCAACGGCCUAAUUAGUUUGGCUUCGCUGAUUAAGUUUUCCUGUUUACCCCCAAACAAACAGUCAAUUGCUCUGCAGUUAUGUGUUGUAAUUGUAUGAUUCGUGAGAGCGCCUAGGAUUUAUCGCAGGAGGCGUAUCCGGUAUCGCAAUGAAACUUAUUUUACUCGCCAAGUACACCAUGGCGUAGUGGACACAUAAUAGUGUGUGGAUCUGCUAAAAAUUAAAAUGACGUUCCGUGAAUGAAUGGAAGCAAUACUAUUACUAUUAGUAUUACUAAGAGUAAGAAUAAGAAUAUGUACCUGACUUUGACUGGCAUUUGUUGAGUAGAGAGCCGACCGCCACCCUGGCCUCUUUGAAGGUUUUCAGUCGCUGUUAUUCGCACAAGAUCGUCAGUGAUGGUUCACAGGAAGACUGAGUACUGCAAGAAGUACCGCUACCCACUGCCGGACUCCGUCUAUGACGCGUACAAGACGCUCAUGCGUUACCGCGCUGAGCGCCGGCGUCUGGAGCACCAGCACGUGCCGUUGCCAUGGGAAUACACGGAGCUCGCGCACAGCAACUCGUCGAGCGGUGACAGCGAGCAGUUUGCGAACGUCGCUCCCAGCAACGGCCCGCUCAAAGCCUGGUACAAGCCGCCGUCGGUCGCGAGCGACCCGGGAAUGGCGGCGAAGCCCCGCGUCGCCAUGGCAGCAAAGCCCCGCGUCGCCAUGGCGACGGAGGAGCUCGCGCGGUGGCAGAGCCAUGCGACACAGACGUCGAAGCACGGCGGCAGAGGCUCGCCGGCGCGGCGCGACCAGGCGACACGGACGUACGACGGCGUGGCGAGGGAGCGUGAUCCGCCUACGCGCGAGGUGGCGGUGCAGACGCCCGAACGCUGGCAUAUCAGAGAUGCAGAUGACGACGUUGAUGACAAUAAAGACGACGACGACGACCUCAGGUGCAGGAGAGGACGCGAGGUCGUGAGGAGACUGGAUUAUGAGAACGGAGACGAGUGUUGCCAACCCAGAUCCAUGCACAGAGUGCGGCCGAGCAGUGCCCCGCGCGAGCGAACCAGGAGCGUAAGGUCUGUGUCACGACCCCGCAGUGCCGUUCAUGAGAGGAAAUGCCCUCACACGCCCCAGACGCCGCUCUUCCUGCCCUACGCCGCAUCGGGCGAACAGGCGUCCGUGACGGGAGACCAGAAAACCUACAACGUCUACGCCGACACCAAAGAUAUCCACAAGGCGGCACUGCGGGCACAGAAGCGGCGGGCAUCGCAGCGGCAGGAGGGCACGCGACCCAGGUCGGCAAGCGCCGUCGACGACCGGCGGCGUCAUGGUGCCGCGUGGAACGAGAACCUCAGCUCCAUCUGGCAGCCGAUUCGGCGGCAGAGCGAGUACCAGAGCCGAUUCUCAGCCUAUAACGGACACACGUGGAGAUGACGAGGGUAGGACGAAGGCAGCAGCCGCUAACACCUGCCGGAAUAACCGACUUGACUAAUCCCGAACCGAUCCAAUGACGGCGCCGUCCGUUUUUUCGUACCGCGGCAGAAAAUAAUCGUCGACCUGAGCUCGCUUUUCUUGCUCGACGUCGUUUCAGCUCCAUUUUGGUUUCAUUUCCAUUUGGCUCCAUUCGUGACAUGUAGGGCUGCCAUGACUGCGGAUAGUUUGGUUUCAGUAAGACGCUUCAGCUAGCAAAGCUACGCGCUUUUUCACGUGUUGGGUUGUUAGUAAACGUGAGGCAUACGUCAUGUGAUUACGUACUGAUUAUAUAUCAUAUGAACUUUGUGCAUGUACACCACAAUUAUCUCACUCUACCGAGGGUAUUUGAACAAAAUCCCGCAUUUUUACACGAAUUUUAACAUAUGCAGGAAAUGCUGGUAAUUUUUGAAGUAGAGUAGGACUUUAUCCUACUGACAUCAAUCUUACUCGAGGGUAUAAAAGUCUGUGUGUCGUCACGUGGACAAAAUUUACAAAAUUGCAUAUAGGGUGUGCAUGGGCAUAACAUUGAAAGGUAUGAGGCAUACAUAUGAUGGCAAAUACAUGAGGCGAGGUGAGAAGGGGUUCACUGUAUACUAGGAACAUUGUGUCCUGAGAUAUUGAAACUAACAUUGUUAGGUAGUAAUUUGCAUAUGUUAAUAGAAUUGGCAAGUAGCAAAGUAGCUAGUGAUGAAUUAUUUAAAAACUAUUUAAUCUGUCAAUUAAAUGCACAAUCUAGAUUACAAGGCGAUGGCAUAGUAGCAGCUGAACACACUACAAUUCACAAUCAUCUCUCUUUAUCGACUGGUGAAGUAACAAUGACAAUUAAUAUAUGUAUUCACAAACGUGAAGCGUUACUCGUAUACUCGGAUGACAUGCAAACGUUCCCGGAUGCCAUGCUUUCACAUUGUGCUGUGUGAAAUUCGUAGUCUGUAUAUCGUGCAACAUGAGUCGAUGUGUCUUUAAUACCAUAAAAUCGUGGGUGAAAUUACGAUGUUAUAUAGGUCAGGGUCUAGUUGUAACCAGUUUUAAACCUCGGUUUGCAACAUUGAAAGCUCAGUUUCAAGGAGUACCGGUCGUUCCACCAUCAUGUUGCGAACAACUGUAGUUUGAAUACGAGGCGCAUAUGCUUGUAUAGAUUUCUUAUUGAGCCAGUGAUGUAUGAAGCCAAACAGGUCACCACGUCUGUGUCGAUGAGCAACUUUAACGCAGCGGCCAGUUGGAAACCGUAUCUGUACAUACGCGAUAUAGCAUUUAAACGCAUUAGGGUAGCUAGCUUGAGCUAGUGGUAGUUAUAGAAAGCUAUUUAUUCAGGUUUGAGUCAUUCGCAUUGGCCAUCGACUUGUGCUACUCAGGGUGAAAAUGGUCGAAUCGAGACUUCCAGCGUACACUUGAUGAAAAUGACAUGUGACACAGGUACAAUUGUGUGCAAACUGUAGGAAAUUUAGAUAUGAUUUUUGAUCGAGCCCUUAAUAAGCUCAUAUAGGGCCUUUAGGGCAUAAACCAACCAAUGAGCGUGUAUGGUAGAGUAGGUCUUUUUACCUUUUUACUAAGAGUUAACACGUUUUCUCGUGGAACUAGGUUUUACACGAUGUAUGUCCGUAGGUACUCGCGCGCACGCUGCGUGUACAUUAACGUACAUGCGUUCUAUGAACUCGUACAUACGUGUGUUGUGUGAACGUAUGCGUGAAACACGUUGUUUUUCCAUUUUUUAUCACCUCCCCCGGUAGUUUGUAGAUACUGCGCACGUUCGUGGGUUUCGUCUUCACACACUAGCAGCGAAUUCUGAAACCAGAUUUUUACUAUACAUUUUGUACAUUUAUUCAUGAAAUUGUCUCUCUGCCUCUCCCU